GCGAAUGCUUGUCACCUGGGUCAAUUGAAUGACACCUGGCACUAGUCUGCUAGGCUUCUGCACGGAUUGGGUCUACAUUCCUUAAUGUGGCUGUUCUUGGAACCGUGAGUUUCAUGCUCCUAGUCCCCCUCGUAAAGCACCACGGUCUGAGGACAUUACCUCUCCGACAAGCAGGUCACAUUCUCUAGAGUGCAUAAUACUUGACAUUGAGACAUAGAAAGGUAAUUGCUCCUAUUGGCCCGUGCGCUCCAGCUUUGCAACAGUCAGCAGCAAGCGAUCGAUGCGGCUGUUGACGGCACGCCCUGUGGGAGAAAGAGAGAGUUGUGCAGAAGGGUGAAGGGAGUGACGUAAGCUGCCACCUGUUGUACUGUGUAGCUGCUGUUGCACACUAGCAUUCAACGCAACUCCUGUGUGUGAGUGGAGAGUGUGGCCCCAUUUCAGCAGAUUGUGAAUGCAGAAGCCUGUGUCUAUGGACAUUGUGGACAUUCAACCAACCAUAGCGGGGCUCAGGGGGCAAGGCAGAGUGCAUUGAAUUUGUCGCCUGAAGCGGAACCCAAAGAGUCCUUAGCUGCUUGAAAGUUGUUUGAAGCGGACAAUCCCAACCAAGGCCUGCCAUGUAAGGAGCCACAUUGUCCCCCCACAUUGUCCCUGCAAUGGAACCCUUCUGGUUUGCGCAACGUAGUCAAAUCAGAUAAGCAUUACCUCUGUAGACCCACUGGUUGGGUUAUGAGCCCAACUCCAGCAACUUUCUGCUGUCGGCAUUUCGCCCUGCACAGCGGAACAGAAGCAUAGAUGCUCAACCGUAUCCACCAAGGCCCAAGUAUUGAAAUCUUGAACCACAAUCUCAGACCACCAUGACUCGUUACACUAGAAUCAAGUGAAUCCAGACGAGAUCAGGGCGUCGAGUUUAGACAGCUGCAAGUGCUUGGCGCGGGGCAGUAUGGCGGAGACCAUCUUCUCGAGCCAGAGCUCCGCGGAAGCGCUCUCGGCGAACAGCUGCGACAUGAAGGAGAUCAUCGCAAUGUGGGACCCCCGCCCGGGGGACAACUCGCUCGGCCCCGACUUCCGCCGCGGCGCGCCGCCCCAAGAAGUCGCGAGCCUCGAGCAAAAGUUUGAGAGCGCCCAAGACAUGCUGUCGCAGCGCACGUCGUCCCUGGGGAAGCGCGACUUUUCGGCGCUCGUCGGGGGGGAGGGCUCGCGGCACUCGUUGGAGCUGAACGGAGGGACCCCCAAAAUGAUGAGGACGGACUCGAGCAGAGAGUCGUUCGGGAAGGUGCUUCUGGGGGAGGGCACGCUGCUCGGUUUCGAAAGGGGGGGGUCGCUUGGGGGGGUGAAGUCAGAGAGCAGCCGGGAUGGGGUCCCCGGAGGGGUGCCGGGUGGGCCAACGAGUUUUGCGGGACUCAUCAUGCAGCCUCCAAUGCUUCCAGGAACCAUCCCUCUCGGCUUCCGCCAUCCCCCUCCUUUGCAACCGUUACCCCCUUUUCCCCGAACCCUCCCCCCAAACGUCAGCCGCUCAAUCCCCCUCAACCCGCCCCCUCCGCGCCUCAUUCCCGUCCCCCCUCUCCACCCCCCUAUGCCGACCCCCCGAAACCAGAACUCAGCGGUUCAGUCGACAGGGGCCGGGGGUUCUGGCCGAAGUGGUUCCGGGGGGGACCGAAAUGCUGGAGACGGAGACCCCCAGAAGACGCAGCGGGAGAAGAACAUGCUCAAGUCGCGGCGGCACCGGUUGCGCAAGAAGGCCCAAGAGACGCUGCUCCGGGAGAAGAUUGUGAAACUAGAGGCGGAGCUCACGGCCGUGCGCGGCGAGCUGUCUCGGGUGGCGAACGAGGGGCGGCGCGAGAUUUCAAGGCUGCAGGAAGAGAACGUCCGGCUGCGGACGGAGCUCAGCCGGCGGGCGUCCGCGCCCCUCCGGGGGAUCCCCCAAGCGGCCCCGGGGAAGAACCCCGGGGAACAAUCAACGGUCGGGAAGAGCCCUGGGGAUCCAUCAACGGUCGGGAACCCCGCAGAGGAGAUUGAGAAGCUACAAGCGGAGAACCGGACGUUGAAGGAGGGGUAUCGGAAUGUGCUGGCGACGAUGAACGAGCUCAUGCAGACGAAAGCCAGCUAGCGGCGGCUUUUGUGGCGGCGGCGGGGCUGGCUGUUUUUGUCUUUUGGUCCUCCCUGUUUUUGGAAGAGUCACACAGCCUUCUGCAUCGGCUUUGAGUUUGAACAGAGUUGGGUCGUAGAGAGGUAAACCCUAGGGUACGACAUAUCUGGCUGGUUGCCGCGGCAGCCGUAGUGAAUCGGACGCUUUCUGCAGGUACUUUCAAGGCGUGCCGCAUGUUGCUUGGAAGUACCUAGGGGCAUUGCAGAACAAGUAGGCAUUGUAGCUCUGAGGUUUGUCUUUGGAGGCAAUCGCUUUCGAACAGGCUCCGAGAUCCUUUGCCCAUGAUAUGAAGCUCAACAGCAGACUUGAGUCCUCUAAAAUGUCGGACGUCGACCCACUCCGUCCAGGGCCCGGUUCUCUAGCAUGCGGGCGGACAAUGUGCCGCAAGUUGCUUAGGUCUUUCUCUGGCCAGCACGCUUGCAUGGGGGGGGGAAGUACAGUGCACUUAAAUACAGACUGCCUCUUGCAUUUUUACUACGCUGUCAUGAGAUUGGGUAC